UAUAUAGUCACCAGCUUUGCUGCGAAAUAAAUUGUGCAGUUCUUCAUCCUCUCGGAGCUCGCGAGCGCGCAAUUGAUUGAACCAGCGCGCAAUCAAUGUGCAAAGCCACACCAAAUCUCCACGACCUGCGAGUUCCAGAACAUAUGCUGGAAACUCGUGUGCAAACUUCCCAUCAUAGCAAUCAUAGCAAUCAUGUCGUCUGACAAGUUCCAGCAAUAUUUGAAGAAGCUCGACGUUGAGCUCUCCAAAGUGCCCGUCGCCGUCGAAGUCGAGCGCCGAACCGGGCUGCCAAAAACCUACAUCUUUGGCGGGAUUGGCGCUUUCUUCACCGUGCUGAUCUUCCUGAACAUCUGGGGUGCGCUGUUGACCAACUUGCUCGGGUUCCUGUACCCGGCUUAUGCGAGCUUCAAGGCGGUGGAGAGCCCAAGCAAGCUUGACGACACUCAAUGGCUUACGUACUGGGUGGUGUACGCCUUCUUCAGCGUCGCCGAGUUCUGGACGGACACUCUUCUCUACUGGUUCCCAUUCUACUACGCCUUCAAGGCAGCUCUCAUCUGCUACCUUGCGCUCCCUCAAUUCCGCGGUGCCCAGUUCGUCUACACCAGCUUCCUUCGCCCGUACCUCGCCUCGAACGAGCGCGUCGUUGAUAGCAACUUUGCCAAGUUAAGGACCAACGCCACGUCGGCGGCUGCGGACUUCAUCGCCGAUGAGGUGAAGAAAGAUUAGAUAGCCGAACAGGAAGGAGCUGGAACGGCGGGGAAACUUUGGCCAAGUCAGGAGCAUCUAUGGGGACUCUCGGUGCUCUCCGCUUUGCAACUGCGCCGGAUUACAGUUGGCAUGUUUUGCCCUUUUUGAUGUUUCUCUAUUCUUCUUGGUCAUGCAUUUACAUCAAUACAUCACGGU